AGAUGAAUUUAGAGCGACGUCCUCGCUGGCGACCGCUGCGGGACGAUUGCUUAGGCGGGGCUGACUCUGCUCGCUCAUCGACCUCCAGGGCCGCAAACAGCAGCAGAAGCGAUAACGGCUUCUCCUCCAGGCAGCCGGGAUACUCCCAGACGACAGUUGGACCGCCAGGAUCGCCAGCACGGGACGAGGCCUGAUGGCGUCCGUCGUUACCGCGCUGAUCCUCAAUCCCCACGUGCCGCCCUCUUCGGUCGAGCGCUGCUCCCGACGAACAUCAGCUGACGAUGGAGAGACCGCGGAGCAGCGAGAUGCGCUUCGCAACCUCUCCACAACCUCCCAUACUCUACGUCAUAUGUUGCAGUCAAUAUCCUCCGUGCUGGUCUCUCUCGGCACUUGCUACGUCUGUAUCACCUUGUACUUUCGCCAGCGUGUUCGGCACGUUGCAAUGGCUUGGCCGCCUUGCUUUGCUGCGAGUCUGCUCUGCGGCUGCGAACAACUCAUCGGUGCCUGCUACUGUAUGCAGGAGCUGUCACAUUGCCUAGCUAUGGCUCCGAAUCCUUCGGGAACCGUCGAAAGCCUGCGCCUCUGCGAACGCCGCCUCAUCCGUCCCUCGACCUACAGCCUCGCGGACGAUGAAUUGGUCCAGCACUAAGGAGGUUCAUGUGACGCGGCACGUGACCAGCAAUCUUCCUGCGAUACGUAGGUAUACUGUCACGUAUUCCACGCCCUCCAGCGAGGAGAAAGUCCACCAAGCAUCAUUUUUUUCUUUCUGCCUCAAGUCUUCGCCCUUCGUGCCUGGCGGCUUGCGGCAUCCUCUCGCG